UUGAGUCAUUGUAAAAAAGUGUCAUCAUGACAACAGAGAAGAGUCUAGUGGCUGAGGCCGAGAAUCCUAAGCAGCAGCAGCAAAAAGAGGAGGAGGUAGCUGCUGAAACACAGAAGCAAGAGGCUUCUCUGGAGGAGGCUUCCCAACAGGCAUCUGAGGGGCAUAAUCAAACGGGACAGAAACAGAAGGCCUCCAACGGUGAUACCCCCACACACGAAGACCAGAGCAAGAACAAAGAGCGCUGCACUUCCGAGAGUCGGGGGCUGUCACGCCUAUUUUCAUCAUUUCUCAAAAGGCCCAAGUCUCAAGUUUCUGAAGAGGGCAAAGAAGUGGAGACUCCACAAGAGAAAGGUGAAGGAGGUCAGAAAGAGACAGAUCUAGGAGCCAGUCCUGAUGAAGAAAUCCUACUGAAGGCCCCAAUAGCAGCUCCUGAACCUGAACUCAGGACUGACCCAUCUUUAGAUCUUCAUUCACUAAGCAGCGCAGAAACACAGCCUGCUCAGGAGGACAGGAGAGAAGAUCAAGACCCAGAGAGCAGAGACCUUGAGAUUAAGGAAGGAGACGGAGUGCAGGAAGAGCGUUCCAAAGCAGAGUUGAAAAGAGAGAACCCUGAGACAAAAGCAGACCAAGAAUUAAAAGCCACCCAGAAAUCAGUAAGAAGACACAGAAAUAUGUACUGCAAGGUUUCCUUGCUGGAUGACACCAUUUACGAGUGUGCUUUGGAUAAACAUGCCAAGGGUCAGGAUCUGCUUAGAAAAGUAUGCGAGCACCUCAAUCUUCUUGAAGAAGACUACUUUGGACUGGCCGUAUGGGACUCUCCAACUUCCAAGACAUGGUUGGAUUCUGCCAAAGAAAUAAAAAAGCAGGUUCAUGGAGGCCCCUGGAACUUUACAUUCAAUGUGAAGUUUUAUCCACCAGAUCCAGCACAGCUGACAGAGGAUAUAACGAGGUAUUAUUUGUGUCUUCAGCUUAGACAUGACAUUGUUACAGGGCGUCUGCCUUGUUCCUUUGCGACACUGGCCCUGCUGAGUUCUUACACAGUCCAGUCUGAAUUGGGAGAUUAUGACCCGGAGUUACAUAGUGCAGAUUAUGUCAGUGAGUUUAAACUGGCCCCAAACCAGACAAAGGAACUUGAAGAAAAAGUCAUGGAACUACAUAAAACAUACAGAUCCAUGACUCCAGCCCAAGCAGACCUCGAAUUUCUUGAGAAUGCAAAAAAGCUGUCUAUGUAUGGAGUUGACCUUCACCAAGCCAAGGACUUGGAGGGAGUUGACAUCAUUCUGGGAGUCUGUUCCAGUGGCCUUCUUGUCUAUAAAGAUAAACUGAGAAUCAACCGCUUUCCUUGGCCCAAAGUGCUGAAGAUUUCCUACAAACGCAGCAGCUUCUUCAUUAAGAUCCGGCCAGGGGAGCACGAACAAUAUGAAAGUACCAUUGGAUUCAAACUACCUAGUUAUCGGGCAGCUAAGAAACUGUGGAAAGUCUGUGUUGAACAUCACACUUUUUUCAGGCUAACUUCCCCUGAAGCACUUCCCAAGAGCAGAUUCCUGGCACUGGGCUCUAAAUUCCGUUAUAGUGGACGGACGCAGGCCCAGACAAGACAAGCUAGUGCCUUGAUUGACAGACCUGCUCCACAGUUUGAACGAACAGCAAGUAAACGGGCAUCUAGAAGCCUUGAUGGAGCUAAACAUACGUCUCAAAAAAUUGAGGUCAGACCUAUAUUGGAGGAGAAGCAGGAGGAUGUGGUGAUGGUUGAGAUUCCAGAAUCAAAACCUGUGGAACAGUUCGGAGAGAAGCCAGUUAUACAUGUCCUUGAAAAUAUUGAGAUAAGCCCAAUAGACGAAGAUGAGGAGGAAGAGAAAGUGAUGACGAUGAAAGAUCUAGAACUAGAGCCCAAAUUUCUGGAACCAGUCCAAAAGGAGCCAGCAGUAGCGGUGGUUACACCUGACCGAAGCCCACGGCCCACCUCUGCACCAGCCAUUGCUCAGAGACAUGUUGUUGAACCUACCCCACCAGCUGCAUCAGAUACCAAGGAAAUAGUAGUAGUCUCUAAAGUGGAGAAGGAAGCUGUGGAAACUGAGGGAAAGCAUGAAGAAAUGCUACCAGAGAAGGCGAAGAUGGAACCAUCUGAAGUGGCCAAGAAAAGAUCAAAGAAACUAGAUGGUGAAAACAUUUAUAUCAGGCAUAGCAAUUUAAUGUUGGAGGAACUAGAUAAAACUCAAGAAGAAAUAAAGAAACAUCAUGCUAACAUCAGUGAGCUGAAGAAGAACUUUAUGGAGUCCGUCCCCGAGUCCCGGCCUAGUGAAUGGGAUAAGCGCCUGUCUACUCACUCCCCCUUCAGAACAUUUAACGUCAAUGGGCAGGUCCCCACCGGAGUGGAAGGAGUCAAGAAAGCCAAUCUCCUAUCCUCUGAAAGAAGGGUUGGUGGGCCAGAGCCACCCCUAGUGAAGACUCAGACAGUUACCAUCUCUGACGUGUCCAAUGCUGUGAAAAGUGAAAUUCCAACAAAAGAAGUUCCCAUUGUUCACACAGAGACCAAGACCAUCACCUACGAAGCUGCACAGACAGAUGAUGGCAAUGGGGACUCAGACCCUGGAGUCCUGCUCACUGCUCAGACCAUCACGUCAGAGACCACCAGUAGCACAACCACCACACAGAUUACAAAGACUGUAAAAGGUGGAAUUUCAGAGACACGAAUUGAAAAAAGAAUUGUCAUCACAGGAGAUGCAGACAUUGACCACGAUCAGGUUCUAGUACAGGCCAUCAAAGAAGCAAAAGAGCAGCACCCGGACAUGUCUGUGACCAAGGUCGUUGUCCACCAGGAGACCGAGAUUGCUGAAGAAUAGCAAG